AUGUCUCAAACAGAGACAGAAACAUUUUUCUCAUCUUCGUCUGUCUCACAAGAACGCAGAUUUUGUUGACCUUCCAUGUUGAUUUUUUACGAGUAGACAUGAUUCAAUUUUCGGGCAAUUUUCCCUAGCAAAUAUCAAGACCUGUUUGUAUGAUCUACAAGAUAUACUAUAUAGUUGAAAAUAACCAGCCAAGUAGCUAAUAUGAUUAAUAUGAUAUAGUAUAUAUAAACGUAGUAUAGUAACUACUAGUCACCAUACGUUAGAACUAUCAGUGGUGUGACGUGUUUGUGACGUCGUAUUCUACGAAACUUUUUGCAAAUUAAUUCAUAUUAUCUUUUACACUGUCACCAUAAUAAGUUACAAAGUAACGUUAGACAGAUAGAAGUGUUAAAUAUAAUUAUUUCUAAUCCUAUAUUUUGUGAAAGUAAACAUUAGUUGAAAGAUGGCUUUUGUAUCGCCUAUGCCUAGUCGAGAAUUUCUCUGGGAUGUUUUUCAAAGAGUUGAUAAGGACAGAUCUGGUGCAAUUACUGCAGAGGAAUUACAGCAGGCUCUUUCUAAUGGGACUUGGACACCAUUUAAUCCAGAAACAGUUCGUUUAAUGAUUGGUAUGUUUGACAUUGACAAAACUGAUCCUGAUUCUUCAGGUAUGUUUGAUAAAAAUCAAAAGGGAACAGUUAGUUUUGAAGAAUUUGGAGCUCUGUGGAAAUAUGUAACAGACUGGGAAAAUUGCUUUAGAUCAUUUGACCGGGACAACAGUGGAAAUAUUGAUAGAAAUGAAUUAAAAACAGCUCUCACAAAUUUUGGAUACAGAUUAUCAGAUCAAAUUAUAGACACUCUUAUACGCAAAUAUGAUAGAGCUGGUCGUGGCACUAUAUAUUUUGAUGAUUUCAUUCAGUGCUGUAUAGUCUUAUAUACAUUAACUUCUGCCUUCAGACAGUUGGAUACAGAUUUGGAUGGUGUCAUUACGAUUCACUAUGAGCAGUUCCUAGGCAUGGUAUUCAACCUUAAAAUAUAAGACAUUUUUAUGCUUGACCAAUGUUAUUCUUGCCUAUGUUGGCACUAUGUUUUUUAUUGUACAAAUGCUAUACAAACUAUUUGAUGCCAAAUCUGAAAAUCUGGAAAUACGACUUUAUUUUAUAAAACUUUUUCCACGCCAAAUUUAAAAUCUUAUGUAUUUAAUGUGCUUG